CAGCCGAGGAAACAUCGCAAGGUUUCGACGACGUUGGUAUGAAAUGGCAGAAACUGCUUGUGUCACGGAAGUACAAAGAUUAGGCUACGAAGAAGCAACUAAUGUUUUUUGUGAUGAUCAUGGCCUGCUAGAGUGAGGGAGACGGGAGUGUUUCUGGAGGAAGAAAGGAUUAAAGAGCUGUUUACUCUCUAAAACCGUCCGGGUUGUGUCUCCGGGAAGCAGCAAACGGCGACUGCGGGUCGACACUGUUGGAAUUAACCGGAGAGGGGUCUUGAGGGUAGAGCUCCACUUUGAUGCCCAGCCACAGCACAGGUCCAGGAUUUCACCAUGAACCGCAACAAGCGUGAUAAAGAAUACUACAGUAUAGAUGUGGGUGAUUCAACGUUUAUGGUUUUAAAGCGCUACCAGAACCUCAGGCCCAUCGGAUCAGGAGCACAGGGAAUUGUCUGUUCAGCUUAUGAUCACAACUUGGAAAGGAAUGUCGCCAUCAAGAAGCUGAGCCGGCCGUUUCAGAAUCAAACUCAUGCAAAAAGGGCCUACAGAGAACUGGUGCUUAUGAAAUGUGUCAACCACAAGAAUAUUAUCGGCCUAUUAAAUGUAUUCACACCACAGAAGACACUGGAAGAAUUCCAAGAUGUGUAUCUAGUGAUGGAGCUGAUGGAUGCUAACCUCUGCCAAGUGAUUCAGAUGGAGCUGGAUCACGAGAGGCUGUCCUACCUGCUCUACCAGAUGCUGUGUGGAAUAAAACACCUACACGCUGCUGGCAUCAUACACAGAGAUUUGAAGCCCAGCAACAUUGUGGUGAAAUCAGACUGCACACUGAAAAUCCUGGACUUUGGCUUAGCCAGGACAGCAGCCACUGGCCUCCUCAUGACACCCUAUGUGGUCACCCGCUACUACCGCGCCCCUGAAGUCAUCCUGGGCAUGGGCUACCAGGCCAACGUUGAUGUCUGGUCUGUUGGCUGCAUCAUGGCUGAAAUGGUCCGGGGUAGUGUGUUGUUUCCAGGCACUGAUCAUAUCGACCAGUGGAACAAGGUGAUCGAGCAGCUGGGGACGCCGUCUCAGGAGUUCCUGAUGAAGCUUAACCAGUCAGUGAGGACCUACGUGGAAAACAGGCCACGGUAUGCUGGCUACAGCUUUGAGAAGCUCUUCCCUGAUGUCCUGUUUCCUGCAGACUCUGAACACAACAAACUGAAAGCGAGCCAAGCUCGAGACCUUCUAUCAAAGAUGCUGGUAAUAGACGCGUCAAAGCGGAUCUCAGUGGAUGAGGCUCUCCAGCAUCCUUACAUCAAUGUGUGGUAUGACCCCACUGAAGUGGAGGCACCACCACCUGUGAUCACAGACAAACAGCUGGAUGAGAGAGAGCACACAGUUGAGGAGUGGAAAGAGUUAAUAUACAAAGAAGUGUUGGACUGGGAAGAGAGGACAAAGAACGGUGUCAUCAGAGGACAACCAGCAUCCAUAGCACAGGUGCAACAGUGAGCAGCAGCCCCGAGCAGCACCACCAGCACCACACCUCCACAUCCUCCUACUCCUCCGUGACCACCGACCCGACCCUGACUGACACCGACAGCAGCCUGAAGACGGCCGGCACCUCCUCCGCUGCUGCUGCCGCCAUUGCUGCUGCUGCUACAGCCGCUGCCCCCACGGGCUGCUGCAGAUGACUAUCAUCUACACCUCCUCCUGAUUCUGGGCAGAGCCACCUGGUCAGAUCCAAGACCACAAGCUCAACACUGGCUCCUGGCCUCGCCCCCAUGCAUAGGCCUCCUCCCACCCCCUGUCUGUGCUUGUCUUCAGUAGUGUAGCGAUUAGCCAGCUAGCUGUUUGAGAAAUAUUUCUGAAAGGACAGAUCUUUUUUUUCUUUUUUAUUACUGUCAUAGUCUUUUUUUAAAUAAGGAUUUUCUCUUCCUUUGAGUCCUAGCUGUAAUUUAUUGUGGCAUUUCUUAAUUUUUCAGAAACCUAAGAUGAUGAUAAGAGAAUUUUUAUGAUUUCACGUUGUUCCGGUUUGUAUUAACCGACAGUGAGAAUUUAAAGAAGUAUCUGUAAAAUGUUUUAAUGUGAUCUAUUUUUCUGUUGUUUCACUGGUAAGCUACUGCUUUUACAACUUGCCAUAUAAAUGUAGAUUCAGUUUGUACAGAUUUUAUGGUAGAUGUAGUUUUUUCUUCGAUACCAGUUUGCAGUGAGCCAUUGAAACAUAAUUGAAUUGACAAACGUACGGUCUUAGUAAUCCCCUUUUUUUAUCUUGCAUAAUAUGCUUAUUGUUUUGAAUGCAUAUGACAUAUCUUUUUUACAGCGAUCAUACAUUUUUCUUUUGAGACAUUGUAAAAUUUAAAUUGAAAGUAAGCUUUAUGAUUAGCUCAUCCUCCUCUUCCUGUCCAAAAAUGAUAGUUUUUCUCACUUACUUGAUUCAUUGACUAUUACAUCUAAGCUAAGGGAAUGAUAAUGGCACCAUUAGGUCCCGUGAGAUAACUUGGAGCUCUUUGAUUACUAUCUUAUGUAUUUUUAAGUGCUUUAAAGUACCUCUUCCUCUUAUGUGCAACAGGCUGUGACAUUGUGGAAUUGGAAUGUUGGUGGAAAGGCUUUGGAGGACUGGAUUGAAGAAGCUCUUUGGCGUUCUUUGAUAGUGAGGUAUUGCUAAAGAUAAACCUUUAAUGAUCCCACAACAGGGAAAUUUUGGCAAAGGACUAGAGAAUGUUUUUUUUCAGAGGUUUUGCUCAAGAUUUAGAUGAGUUGUGAGAGGUUGUAAAAUCGUUGGCGGUGUCAGUAGAAUGUGCUUUGGUGAUGUAGGGAUUGUGCUAUUCAGAAAGCUUGUGAACGUGAUGAUAUUCAGUGUCUUGGGUGGAAAGUAAUUCUGCAGCCUGAUGGAUGGUGCAAAAACAUGUCUACUUCCUACUACCAGAUCCUGUUAUUAGUAAUGUAUUUUGUGAAUUUGGAAAUUUAGAGUGAUUUUUUUUCCUAAAAGUUGGCCAAACUUGGCGUACCAGACAUGCCUCCUGUUGUGAAUAAAUCAAAAGAAGCGAAAACUUUGCAUGUUAAACAACAGCAGCACAACCACCAGUCAAAAAAAAAACAAAACUAAUGAUUCUUACUGUAUGCAAUAAGAGUGCCCUUUUUGAGUGUUUUUGAUUUGCUUUGAAAGGAAAAGUGCCUGUCGUUUGUCAUUCAUUCCUGAGUAUGUGAGUUUUCAUUAGGUUCUCUUGGAAAACAACGGUAGCUUCCAUAUCAAGCUAAUAAUGUAUGACGGGGUUGUCACAAAUGUAUCAUAUAUUUUUCUACUUGUUUUGAUUUUCAACCCUCGAGCGAGAGACUGCUUCAUCUUGCAGGGGUAAGAAGGUGAUGGCAUAUACGUUGAGAUGCUUAAGCGUGUGUUUGAGUCAUUUCAGAAGAACAGGCAGUGUAAUAAGGUCUUUCAUCAAAGUAAAAGAAGCGUUUCUUUGCAGUGACAGUAACUGAAUAUAGGUUAGUUACUGUUUUUGGAAUUUCUUUGAGUACUAAUUUAAUAUGAGGAUUAAAGAGAGAAAAAUGAAAAGGAUAGAUGUGUUUUAAAUUUGACUACUGGAUCGAAUUAAAGUCUGAACUUUGAGAUUUUAUCAUCGUCAGUAUUUUGGACUCUUUUUACUCUUGAAAGGCGACUGGUGACUUUGGCCCUCUAAGAAAGGAAGCCAAAUUUAGCUUAAGCUUUUUAUAGGCAACUUCAAGGAGUCUGUACAUUUUUCCCCUCAGCCUUUCGAGGUUUCAUGCACCAAUGCUGCCUGCUUAUAAGAUUUGCAUAACUAAACCGGUUGUGCAAGAGGCACAAUAAGGAUGUUUGUGCCGCCUUCGAUCAUGAGCAGGUGUUGUGGAUGUUGAUAGCAGAGGCAUGGACAUGACUGUGCUCGAAUAGUCGUUGUGCAAAAAACACUUUGUCUCUGAUCAAAGCAGACGCUCUGAAGCAACAUGUUUUUGUCUGCCAGGUCUAAAAGGGGUUAGAACAGAUGUAUUGUUAUCAUUCUUUGAACAGCAGGAUUUUGAAUAUACUUGACAAACUGUGGCUUCUUCUGCCCUUCAACUCUUGGAAUUUUGAACAAGCUGUUUGUGAAUCUAUUUCAGUGGAAGUUUGCUUUACAUGUUAUAUUUCUAAGAUCUCUCUAAUCACACUUAUUUUGUAAAGUGGUAAAUUAAACUCGGUUGCAUCGAAAUUAAAUAAAUGUUAGCUAAGUGUAGUUUUUGAAAAAGUUGCAAAUUCCUCAUGCAACUCUUAAUGUGCAAAAUACUAUUUCUCUGUAUGCUACAUGCAUCACAGAAAUCAGAGAAACUAACUGGAAUGGAGUAGAAUACUGCUAAUGUAUAAGGAUUAGUUCUGACUUCCAAUCUGAAUUGUUUGCAUUCAGCAAAAUACCAAAACAUCCGGAACAAAGGAUGUCAGUAGCUCCCAAGAUCCAUUACAUAUAAAGUAUGAGCAAGCUAAUGUUAGUUAUGUCUCUGGAAUACACAACAGUUAAUUUCUUGAACAUUUUCAGCCAAUGUUGGCUUUGUCAGUUAGCUUCAACAGAUUUUAUAUUUAAAACUAGAAAAGCACCCAGAGAGCGCAGACCUCCGCCAUUAGCCCUAUCUCCCAAUAGUAUAGAAUCCUUUAAAAGAUUUGUGGAUCCAGCCGGUGAUCCGGAUCACUCCCAAAAUCUAAUCAGUUCUUCCUUAUGCCAAUUUUGACAUUUCCUGAAAAUUUCAUCAAAAUCUGUCUAGAACUUUUUGAGCUAUGUUGCUAAAAAACAAACAAACUAACAAACCCUGCCGAUCACAUAACCUCCUUGGCAGAGGUAUUAACAAUGUCAUGCCAGUAUGGACAGCUGCUAUGCAGCAGCUAUUAUUUAAUAUAGGAUACUAGCCACACAAUGUGCUAGUCAUUUCAUUUAGCUAUGCAACUGUUGAAAUUGGUAGUUACAGAAUGUGAAGAUUAGUAAAAUCUCUUUGUAAAAAUGGUUUACUUGAUGCAACCCAGUUCAAUUCAGGCUACAUAAGGGCCUCUAACCACAGUCACAGUUUUUUGCCCCGGCAGUGCUAACAACCUCAUUUUCAGAGUCUGCCUCACCAGUGUUAAUUAUUGUCAGUCAACUUCUGUUUUCCUCUGUAGCCUCUGUAACAUUGUUUUUCUAUUGCACCAUGUGCUUGAUAUUUUUCUUUAUUUGCAAGACAGGCUGCCGACUGUUCAUGUGGGACGCCGUAUGUCUCAGAAUGGAAAUACACGCUUAAACUUUUUGAAAUAAAGGGUUGGAAAAGUGUUAAGUAACGGUUAUAGGAUGCCAAAAGUUAAAAGUAAAACACCUGACCUGUAAAGUCAAAACCACGAAACGUUUAAUACGGCCAAGUAAACAGUCUGCUUAUGGAAAAAAGCUUGCCUUUAUGAAAACAUUUUAAUGCAGCAAGCAUAGCUUACGUAGCUCUGUUAGGUGCGUAAGCUACGUAGCUAACAGAGCUAUGUAGCUAAAGUUCAGCUAACAAAGCAGCUACUUAAGCUUUGUAUCUUUGUUAUUUACGUAGUUAAGUAAGCUUUUGCUAUGCUUGCUAAAGCUCACAUUGCUAAAGCUAAUUGGGCUAUAGAUAAUGGAACUACGUAGAUACAUUAUCUACAUAGCUAAGUUAGCUUUAGCUAUGUAUGCUAAAUCUCAUGUUUCUAAGGCUAACUUAGAUCCAUUGCUUUUGUAGCGACAUUGAUUACGUAGCUAGCAUGCUAGCUUUAGCUAAGCUAACAAAGCUAAAGCGAGACACCAUUUGUGUAUUUACCUCUAAAACGUUUCUGUACAUACUUUAAUCCUGGAGUAGACCUCUGACCUUUUUCUCUGUUUUAUUCAUAAAUUUAGCCUUGUCCAUAAUGUUUGCAAUGCGGUAAUUUCAAGAGUGUAACUACCAGACUUUGUUUAUGAAUAAAGUUUACAUUUUUUUAAUCUCAAACUGGAAAUUCGUUGCACGGGCAAAUUACAGCGCUUCCUUUUUAGAGAUGUACAGCGUCUCCGAUAAACAGACUGCAGCCUGACCCCUUUCUUUAUUUUUCUUAAAAUGUAGAGAUGUAUCGUGUCUUUAUACAUCAUACAAAGUCAAGACACAACCAGUUUCAAUAUGUAACGAUCUUCUUAAACUGUAUUUGUACUUCACUGAGUUUAGUCACAAACAGCUGGUUCAUGAACAUCAGUUCUCCCUGAAUCUGAAGGGCAGCAAAUUUCUAAGUCCAGUUUCCAAGUUUGGAACAGUACAAAGCUAAACUAUGUCUGCUUUUUAGUUGUUGUAGAUUUAAAGAGCAUAAGAUUAGUCCUGAAUUUGUAUGAAGUAGUCUUGUAGUAAAUGGUAAAACAGGAGUAAAACUAUUACUCACAGAGUGUCACAUCUUAAGGGAGAAAAUAAACAAUAUGUAUCCAUUUGUCAUAUUAGCCCAUUUAUCAUAUCAAUCAGUAUAUCUUAGCGAAAAUAAUCAGAAAAAAACUUUUGUCUAAAGUGCUCUUAAUUUUCUUGGCCCUGCGUUGGGGUGUUAAUCAAAUUAUUUUUCUUCUGCUUAAAUUGUUUUUGCUUUUAUAUAUUUAUCUAUAAUUACUGCAUCUCUCCAAACAAUGUCAUUCUGAUUUAAGUUGGCUUUGAUGAACUACCUCAUGCUGAAUUUCUGCCAGUUCUCACAUAAAUACUUAGUCGCCUGCAGAAUUAGCUAUCGAAGACGUGUGAAUAACAGAUUCCAUUAUUUAUUUAUUUGAAAGUGUACUAUUUGUUGGUUUCAACAGACUUCUAGUUUUGUACAUUAUGUAUACUUCACCUAGAAGUAAGAGAAUUGUUAUAUGUAUUUUUUGUUCUUUUUUGUUUGUUUGUUUUUAAACUAAAUGUGCAAUACCUUCAGCAAACUGUGCUAGUAGUAUGUGAUGGGCCUAGCCUUUGUUAGCUGUCUCCUGAAGGUAAAGAAAAUGUUUGGUACUGUCAAUCCAUGUUUUCCUUUUUUAUGAAUAAGAUCGAUUUUUAUUUCUGUGACUUGUUUAUAGUCAUGAUGUUAUGUAAUCAGUCUUACCUACCAUACAAACCUGUUGGCUAAGGUUUGAAACAGAGACAGGAAGUCCUUCAGGUUUCAGCCUAAGCCAACAGAGUUUGAUUUGGAUGUGGUAAGGGUAAUAAUGUUAAUAGACACAAAAAAAGAUGAGUAAAUACGUACAAGAAAUCAUUAUAUGUAUGGUGCUGGUUUGUUAUGUUUGCUAGUGAAUCCAGCCAUGCAAGUAGUUUUAAGAAUUCCUGGAUCUGCGCGUCCUAAAAACCGCAACCAACAAAGAAGUGCACUACUAGAAAACAUGCACUGGGAUCUGAUGAUGCCACCUCUUUAAAAAAAGUUUAAAAAAAACAUGUACUGCAAAUAAAAGAAA